AUGGAAAGGCGCCUACGGAAUGCGGCCGAAAACGAUGGCAUUACUUCCCAUGCCAUCAACCCGAACACCGUUCUUACUGACUUUCAGAAGUCGCUGGGCGCCACCUCGGAGCGCUCUGCCAUGUCAUAUCUCCCGCCGGUCUGGAUUGCAGGGAAGGUCUUUGGGUUUCUCGGCACUCGAUUUCGGGAGAUGACCAUGAGGUCUGUGCAGCACGGGGCGGGGGCGAUCCUUCAUGUCGCGACGAGCCCGGCGUUGGAGGCUAGUGGAGGUGGCCUCUUCGACGACACGGAGACGGCCUUUACCAAAUGUGGGCGCGCCGCAGCCUUCUGCGGAAGGGUGCCUACAAACUGGCUGCCGGCGGUAAGCCUGGACGAGCAGGCGUCGAAGCAGCUGUGGAAGGUCAGCGAAGACAUCGUCGGCCUGGAG